UCCCCGGCGAGGAGCCGCUCUUCACCAUUGCGCACACCCAGGAGGCCUUCCGCACCCGGGAAGAAUAUGAAGCCCGCCUGGAAAGAUACGGAGAGCGCAUUUGGACUUGUAAGAGUACUGGCAGCAGUCAGCUGACGCACAAGGAGGCCUGGGAGGAGGAACAGGAAGUGGCUGAACUUCUGAAGGAGGAGUUCCCUGCCUGGUAUGAGAAACUGGUUUUGGAGAUGGUUCACCAUAACACAGCCUCCUUAGAGAAGCUAGUCGAUAGUGCUUGGUUGGAGAUCAUGACCAAAUAUGCUGUGGGAGAAGAGUGUGACUUUGAGGUUGGGAAGGAAAAAAUGCUCAAGGUGAAGAUUGUGAAAAUUCAUCCUUUGGAGAAAGUGGAUGAAGAGGCCACUGAGAAGAAAUCUGAUGGUUCUUGUGAUUCCCCAUCAAGUGACAAAGAGAAUUCAGGCCAGAUUGCUCAGGACCAUCAGAAGAAGGAGGCAGUUAUAAAAGAGGAUGAAGGAAGGAGAGAAAGUAUAAAUGACAGGGCACGGAGAUCGCCACGGAAACUCCCCACUUCAUUAAAAAAGGGAGAGAGGAGAUGGGCGCCUCCGAAGUUUCUGCCUCACAAAUAUGAUGUGAAACUACAGAACGAAGAUAAGAUUAUCAGCAAUGUGCCAGCAGACAGCCUGAUACGCACUGAGCGUCCACCAAACAAGGAGAUCCUGCGAUACUUCAUACGACACAAUGCGUUGCGGGCUGGGACCGGUGAAAAUGCCCCUUGGGUGGUGGAAGAUGAACUGGUGAAAAAAUACUCCUUGCCUAGCAAGUUCAGUGACUUUUUACUUGAUCCAUAUAAGUAUAUGACCCUCAACCCUUCUACAAAGAGGAAGAAUGCUGGGUCCCCAGACAGGAAGCCUUCGAAGAAAUCCAAGACCGACAACUCCUCUCUCAGCUCGCCACUCAAUCCUAAGUUGUGGUGCCACGUGCACUUGAAGAAGACCUUGAGUGGUUCCCCACUGAAAGUGAAGAAUUCCAAGACUCCCAAAUCUCCAGAAGAGCACCUGGAGGAGGUGAUGAAGAUGAUGUCACCCAACAAACUACACGCCGACUUUCACAUUCCUAAGAAAGGCCCAUCUGCCAGGAAACAGGGGAAGCACACUGACAAGCCUUUGAAGGCAAGGGGCAGAAGCAAAGGUAUCUUGAAUGGACAAAAAUCCACAGGGAAUGCCAAGUCUCCUAAAAAGGGUUUGAAGAUGCCUAAAACCAAAAUGAAGCAAAUGACUCUGUUGGAUAUGGCUAAAGGCACUCAGAAGAUGACCCGAGCCCCUCGGACCUCUGGGGGUGCCCCUCGGUCUUCUAAUAAACCUCACAAACACCUGCCUCCGGCUGCCCUCCACCUCAUUGCGUACUACAAAGAAAACAAGGACCGGGAGGACAAGAAGAGUGCCCUGUCCUGUGUUAUCUCCAAAACGGCGCGCCUUCUCUCCAAUGAAGACCGAGCCCGUCUCCCGGAAGAAUUGAGAAGCAUUGUUCAGAAACGCUAUGAGCUUCUAGAGCACAAGAAGAGGUGGGCCUCCAUGUCGGAAGAGCAACGCAAGGAGUACUUGAAAAAGAAACGAGAGGAGCUGAAAGAGAGGUUGAAGGAGAAAGCCAAGGAACGGAGAGAGAGAGAAAUGCUCGAGAGGCUGGAAAAGCAGAAGCGAUUUGAGGACCAAGAGUUGACUGGUAAAACCCUUCCGACCUUCCGGCUGGUGGAUACUCCUGAAGGGCUGCCCAAUACCCUCUUUGGGGAUGUAGCCCUGGUGGUAGAGUUCCUGAGCUGUUACUCUGGGCUGCUCUUGCCAGACGCUCAGUACCCUAUCACUGCUGUGUCCCUUAUGGAAGCCCUGAGUGCAGAUAAAGGUGGCUUUCUGUAUUUGAACCGAGUGUUGGUGAUCCUCUUGCAGACCUUGUUACAAGAUGAAAUAGCAGAAGACUAUGGGGAGUUGGGGAUGAAGCUGUCGGAAAUACCCCUGACUCUGCAUUCGGUUUCUGAACUGGUGCGAUUGUGUUUGCGCAAAUCUGAUGUCCAGGAGGAGAGUGAGAGCUCGGAGACGGAUGACAAUAAAGAUUCAGCACCUUUUGAGGACAAUGAAGUUCAGGACGAGUUCCUAGAGAAGCUGGAAACCUCAGAGUUUUUCGAGCUAACGUCUGAGGAGAAGCUACAGAUCUUGACAGCCCUCUGCCACCGAAUUCUCAUGACAUACUCGGUGCAAGACCACAUGGAGACCAGACAGCAGAUGUCGGCCGAGCUGUGGAAGGAGCGGCUGGCUGUGUUGAAGGAGGAAAACGACAAAAAGCGAGCCGAGAAACAGAAACGGAAAGAACUAGAAGCCAGAAAUAAAGAAAACGGGAAAGAGGACAAUGGCUUAGGCAAACCUGACAGGAAGAAAGAAAUGGCAAAGUUUGAACCCCAACUAGACAUGGAAGCUGAAGACAUGAUCAGUGCUGUGAAGAGUAGAAGGCUGCUUGCCAUUCAGGCCAAGAAGGAGCGAGAAAUCCAGGAGCGGGAAAUGAAAGUCAAAUUAGAGCGAGAAGCUGAAGAAGAACGCAUGCGGAAGCACAAAGCUGCUGCUGAGAAGGCUUUCCAGGAAGGAAUUGCCAAAGCAAAGCUAGUCAUGCGCCGGACUCCCAUUGGGACAGAUCGGAACCACAAUAGGUACUGGCUCUUCUCAGAUGAAGUUCCAGGAUUGUUCGUUGAAAAAGGCUGGGUACACGAUAGCAUUGACUACCGAGUCAGCCACCGCCGCAGAGAUCAUCUGGAGGCUCCCGACGAGGAGUACUGUCCCCGCAGUAAGAAAGCAAACAUGGGCAGAAAUAGCAGCCUGAAUCUACAGCACGGAGCAGGGGCCGACGCUGCUGGGGAGCGCACGAUUCCGAAACAAGGACAGAACUUAUGGUUUUUAUGUGACAGUCAAAAGGAACUGGAUGAGCUGCUAAGCUGCCUGCACCAUCAGGGAGUAAGAGAAAGCCAGCUUAAGGAGAGAUUAGAGAAGAGGUACCAGGAUAUUAUUCACUCUAUUCAUCUUGCCCGGAAGCCAAAUUUGGGUCUAAAAUCCUGUGAUGGCAACCAGGAGCUCUUAAACUUUCUUCGAAGUGAUCUCAUUGAGGUUGCAACAAGGUUACAAAAAGGGGGUCUUGGCUAUGUGGAAGAGACAUCAGAAUUUGAAGCUCGGGUGAUUUCACUAGAAAAAUUGAAGGAUUUUGGUGAGUGUGUGAUUGCUCUUCAGGCCAGUGUCAUAAAGAAAUUUCUUCAAGGUUUCAUGGCUCCCACACAAAAGAGAAGAAAACUCCAAAGCGAAGAUUCCGCAAAGACUGAGGAGGUGGAUGAAGAGAAAAAAAUGGCAGAGGAAGCCAAGGUUGCAUCUGCACUAGAAAAAUGGAAGGCAGCAAUCCGAGAAGCUCAGACCUUUUCUAGAAUGCAUGUUCUACUUGGCAUGCUUGAUGCCUGUAUCAAGUGGGAUAUGUCAGCAGAAAAUGCUCGGUGCAAAGUUUGCCGAAAGAAAGGUGAGGAUGACAAACUGAUCCUGUGUGACGAGUGCAAUAAAGCCUUCCACCUGUUCUGUCUUCGGCCGGCCCUCUAUGAAGUUCCAGAUGGCGAGUGGCAGUGCCCAGCCUGCCAGCCUGCUACCGCCAGGCGCAACUCCCGGGGCAGGAAUUACACUGAAGAGUCUGCCACUGAGGACAGUGAAGAUGAGGAGAGCGACUCAGAGGAAGAAGAGGAGGAGGAAGAGGAGGAGGAGGAGGAAGAUUAUGAGGUGGCAGGGUUGCGAUUGAGACCUCGGAGGACCAUUCGGGGCAAGCAGAGUGUCACCCCUCUGGUAGCACGGCCUGGCCGGCGGCCUGGGAAGAAGCCGCAUCCUGCUCGGAGGUCUCGGCUGAAGGCACCUCCUGUCGAUGACGCCGCCGAGGUGGAUGAACUAAUACUUCAAACCAAGCGGAGCUCCCGCAGGCAGAGCCUGGAGCUGCAGAAGUGUGAAGAGAUCCUCCACAAGCUGGUGAAGUACCGCUUCAGCUGGCCUUUCAGGGAGCCUGUGACCCGCGAUGAGGCCGAGGACUACUACGAUGUGGUCACCCACCCCAUGGACCUUCAGACCAUGCAGAACAAGUGCUCCUGUGGGAGCUACCGCUCCGUGCAGGAGUUCCUCACCGAUGUGAAGCAAGUGUUUGCCAACGCGGAGCUGUACAACUGUCGCGGCAGCCCCGUUCUCAGUUGCAUGGCAAAGACGGAACAGUGUCUGGUGGCCCUGCUACAUAAACACCUUCCAGGCCACGCGUAUGUACGCCGGAAACGCAAGAAGUUUCCUGACCGGCUCCCUGACGACGAAGGGGACAGUGAGCCAGAGCCUGUUGGUGACGUAGCCGUGAGUGUGCCAAUCAGAACUCUUCACCAGCAUCCUGAAACCUUCCGAGUUUUUGAGCUGAGCUUGGCAGAGUGAAGGGUUGUUUCCUGGAGCCAUUCAUAACCCUCCCCAAACCCCCACUUCCUUUGUAACAACUCCUCUCCACCCCUCCUCACCCCACCCCCUCCAGAAAAGAAAAAAAGAAAAAAACAAACAAACGAAGGCACUUCACGGAGAGACUGGCGUCCUGCUUAGAAUCAUGCACAGAAGCUGGACUUGGGGGAUCUGGCCGGCGGGUGUUGGAGCUCAGCCCACCCACGUGCCAGGCAAGCUCUUGGGGGAACAGAUGAAAAGCAGGAAGGCGCGAAAUGUUUAAUUUUUUAAAUGGACUUUUCUAGUUAUUAAAAGUGGCUUGUUUCCGCAGUGCUCUUGUAUAAAGAACAUCUUGUAAAGUUCCUGUCACCUUGCUUUGGCACAUGUACAGUACAAUUUCUAUGAUGAUGUGUUUGCUUUACUGUCCCCUGCUCCCCCGCCCAGCCUUGGACCUGCCAGGAAAUGGGGCUGGAGGCUCAUCAAGGUAGGGAAGGGGGCGCCACCCAUCCCUGCCACAGUGGUUGGCUCCGCCCCUUCCACAGUCUCUGGAACCCCCUGCGCACCUGGGAGUGGGGGUGAGGUCCUGCCUGGACCCCGCCCACAGGAGGGCUGGCCCUGGGGAUGACAUUUAGGCAACACUUUGUAGUCUUUCCCUUUUAUGUCCGAUUUUGAUAAAAAAUACAAAACAGGGUUUAAUUUUCUUUUCUAUCAACGAAGUUUUGAUUAUCUGAGUGCCGAAGCUCUUGUGUAACUAUUUACUUGAAAGCCAGAGAAGUGCCGAGGGACGGCACUGCCGAGAGCUGGGAAAUGAGAGCCUCUGGAACCCAUUUGCACGGACCUUGUCAGUCGCUGUGUCCGCCCUCCUCCCCCAGGGCUGCCAUGGGCACGGGGCAGACCCUUCCCCACAGGCUGGGCUCUGAGUUCGUACUGACAGGGCAGGGCCAGCCUCCCCACGCCAGCCGCUCCUGCUUGGACUCCAUGCGCGCCCACUGUGAGACUGCUCUCCUGCUUCAGUUACAUCCAGAUGUUGAUUUAUCGUCUUUAAGGAGGAAGGGGUCCCAUUUAAAGGGUGAACUUGUAAUAAAUUGGAAUUUCAAAUAAACAUCAUGUACUUGUGUUUAUAAAGAA